CAAGGAUAAGAUAAAUGGAUAUCAGACAACUUCCUGUCAGUUAGACAGCUAGAGGAAUACAUGCUUCAGUUGCAUUGUGUUUGUGAUCCAUAAUGUACUCUGAUGUUUUACUCUUCUUUCUUCUAGUGGGAAUCUCAAAGGAAAAAGUUAAUGCAAAUCUACAAUAUGGGUGCCAGACUGAGUUUACUGAUACAUAUGCAUACAAAAAUUUUCAUCCAGUAGAUGAAAUAGCUACAUAUGCUAAUAAUGCUUUGAUUAUAAAUUUUUCUGUGAGAGCAUCAAGUGAUGCCCAUAUCCUUCUUUCUCCAACAUCAUCACUCACAUUUACUACUCCUGUAUAUGAGAUUGUUCUUGGUGCUGGACAGAACUCAUUUUCUGUAAUACGUGGAAAACAACGACGGAGGACGAUGAAUCACACAAGAACGCCAUCUAUUUUGUCUGCUACAGAAGAACGUGGCUUCUGGAUUCGUUUAACGAAUAGUCUAAUAGAAAUUGGAAAAGGAGGUGGAGAUGAAAGAAUUUUGUAUGCUGCAGAUCCUCUUCCUUUACAUGUUCAAUAUGUGUGCUUCAGUACAUGGUAUCAAGUUACUGGAAAGUGGAUAUAUGGCUGUCCUACCAACAGAGGAUAUCAACAAGAAGAACAAUUGACUAUAACACAGAAACUGCGUAAGGACAUGUUGACAUAUUAUGAUCCAUAUUCACGACCCACUGUCGCCGAAGAUCAAAUCACAACAGUAUACAUUGAUUUACAGUGUUUAAAUGUGAAACUGGAUGAGAAGAAAUCCAUAUUCACUGUGAAUGGGGUCAUGCGAAUGAAAUGGAAUGAUGAGAAAAUGAGAUGGAAUCCACUAGCGUACAACAAUGUUUCACGGCUGUAUUUCACAAAUCGAGAAAUAUGGCAACCAGAUAUUAUUCUUGUCAAUGCUGCUGGUCAUGGUUCAGGUCAAUUUGGAGAAACUCGAGUACUUGCAAAAUCAGAUGGUUCUGUAUCCUGGUCGUCUCCAGUUCGUUUAGAGUCUUGGUGCUCAUCAGAUCUGAAUAACUGGCCAAAAGAUCAACACACCUGUGAACUUACACUAACUUUUGCCUCUAAAAGUCAGUUGCUUCAGAUGAUGACUGACAAUAGUACAAUGGUAUGUACAAAAUGCUUUGCUUCUAAACAUCAGUUGCUUCAGAUGCUGACUGACACUAGCACAAAGGGCACUGAUCAGAGCACUGGGACGGAGUGGAACAUAAUUUCACACACGGUUGAAUCUGCAUUGGUCUCCGUUCCUGGUUCAACUGAUCCAUUAUCUGGCAUUGUUAUUCAAAUUACAAUCAAACGAGAUAAUGAAUCAUACAAAACACUGUUUGUUGGGCCAUUCAUUGCUUGCAUUUUGAUGACAUUAGUGUCAUUUUGGCUUCCUCCUGACGGCCAAUACAAAGUUCUUUGUUCUUGUUGUGGUAUGAUCAUACUGUCAAAAUUUAUAAUUGAGUUUGGGAAUCUGCUGCCAACUCCAGCAUACAAUGUACCACCUAUUUUGUUUGCAUAUUGUUCAGGAUUAAUAGCAAUGGCUCUUUCGCUUUUUAUUUCCACUCUUGUCAUCUGCCUCACACGUUAUAAGUUUAGAUGUGCUCUGCCAAGGAAGGUGUGUUAUAUUCUGUCGAAUAAGUACUUGCACAGAAUUCUGUUCCUGCCACCAAUAAUGAAUACAGAAGACUACUCUUACGCAACUCUUGAUGAGUUAGGGUCAAACAACAAAGAAACUUCUCCAGAAGAAACAAAAAAUACAGAACAAAUUCAGCAAUACUGGACAAUCUUAGCCACUGUAAUUGACCGUAUUUCCUGUUUUACCUAUGCUGUGUAUUUAAGCAUUUUACUUGCAACAAACAGUCCAUAGUACAUGCGUGUUUAUUUUGACAAGCAUGUCAUUAAGUGAUUCAAAUCUUUAGUGAAAUAUCAUUGAUAGCUUAUGUUAUAAUGAUCCAGCCAUGGCACGUUAUAAAAAAGGUAACACAGAAUAUGACAACCAUAGUAUGUGUAAUGUUUUAAAUUAGAAAUUACUACUGAAGUACGUAAAGUGUCAAAUAAAAAUAGUGUUUGUCCAACAUCACACACACACACACACCUACCGAACUAUGGAACACAAGAUUACAUUGGAACAGAAAUUAAAAAGGAACAUGACAGAAAAGAUUAAAAAUCCUGAAAUCAGAAACACCUUAUACGUGACAUGUAAGCAUAAGUGGAAGGGGCAAGUAGAUGUAAUUGUAAAGCAAAAAAAUUAAAUACAAAGAAACCGGAAAAUCGAA